GGUAAUGCAACCCGUGUAGCCAUCAAAUCAUCCUCUUUUGACAGCUUUGAAACGUCAAUGAGGGACUAAAGCUAUGUAGGGAUGCAGCUGGACAGUUCGUCUUGCACCAGCAGGGGUGAACUUAGAGAAAGCCCUAAAUCGGCGGUGGAAACUUACCAUUAAAUACUCCGGUGGACCAGGGGGGGUUUUCUUUUUUUUUUUUUCUUCUGAAAGCCCAGAGACCAAGCUGUUGCGUUAUGGACCCCAGCAAGUCUCCGAGCGCUCCUCCACAGGAAUAUGCUGCUGAGAAGUCCUACACGGGCCAAGUGCCCCCUCCGGCCUACCAUGACAACCCGGGGUACCCUCAGUUUGGCCCGGGCUACCCGCCACAUCCGCAGGGCUUUGGACCUCCACCACCUUAUGGGCUUGCAGAAUAUGGCCAACAGCCGUAUCCAAUGGGUCAUCAGUACCCAGCACAGCAGGCCGCCGUCACUGACCAGCCUACAAUGUACGUGACUCGAGGCCCGCUGGCCGAACCAGUCAACGACUACUUGUGUUACUCCAUCUUCACCAUGCUGUGCUGCUUCCUGCCACUUGGAAUUGCUGCCCUCAUCUACUCCAUCUUCGCCCGUGAAGCCAACCACUCUGGGGACCAGAUAACAGCAGAGCGGUGCAGCAGGAUCGCCAGGACACUGAACCACGUGGCCCUGGGACUCGGUAUUGGGGCCUUGGUCCUCUUCAUUGUCUAUGCAGUGGUUUUGGUGGCUGUCAGUUCCUAAUAAUCUGUUUCAGCAUCUUUCCUAUAUCUCUAGUCCCCAUACUCUGCAUCAGGUAAUCAGACCACGUCAGGAACAUUACUGGCCAUCGACAACCAUUUUCAUUGGAAAUGUGUAACCCCGAAGACACCUGAAUGGCUAAAAGACCUUUAAAAAGUUAUUGAUAUUAUUUUCAAAAGUAGUUGGCCACUAAUUGUAAAGAGAGUGCAGCAGGCCUUUACAUGUAGUCCAUUACUCUCCAACACUGGAGAGAGUAAUCACUACAACUUUCCAAAGAUUCAUGUUUCAUCAACAUUUUUUGUUUGUGAUUUGCUUCUUAUGUUAUCAUACAUCAAAAAUCGACAUUUUUUUUAAUGUAAAAUAUUUUUCAACUUUGAUGCCUUAAGAGUUCAGCCUCCUUUCAGUGUUGCUUCACCACACACGCAGACUUCAAGUAUUAUCCAAAAAGAGUUUUACAAUUUGUAUUCAAAUAACAAAUGAUUGUCAGUUCUGCCAUUUAAAGUGAUUUGUCUGAUUGCACGAUGGGAGAAAUACUGCUGCCCCCACAGCAGAAUUGUUGGCUGUAAAUAUGCACUAACACUCUAACCCUCCUAAAAGUAUGCUAACAUAGAAUUGCAUUUUAAAAAAACUAACUAAGUUAUGCUUCAAAAAUACUCAGCGAAGGAGAGAUUUGGCUUUGUGAAGCUUGUGCUGAACAAGUAAAAAAAAAAGACAAAGAGUGAGCCUGCCUGUCAUUAAAGGGUCUCUGAUCUGAGAGUGCACACUACAGAGGGAAGGCCUCUUCUUUAUUCCAGCUGAACAGGAGUGCACAGCUUCUCACAAAAUCAGCAGAAAAUUAGCAACAGUGGAGCCAAUAUGGCUGACACAGCCAGUUGCUCACCCAGUGGCUCUGGCUCUGUAUUUUGAAAGCUUCGGUGUGUUACAUAUCACUGGCCUGGGUGUUGUUUGUCAUGCAAUGUCUGUAUGUUCUUUUCUCAGCGAAAGCUGAAAAAGAAAGAUCUUACUGUAGAACAAAUUUCUUUAUAAAUAAAGUUCAAGUAUAU